UGCGAGCCCCAGACUGACAUUGUUUUCCUCAAAGUGCACAAGAGCGCCAGCAGCACCGUCAUGAACAUCCUCUUCCGCUUCGGCGAGACGCACAACCUCACCUUCGCCUUCCCCCUGGGCGGGGGCUUCCAGCUCUACUACCCCCACCACUUCAUGGCGAAGUUUGUGCAGGGCUUCUCCCCCAAGAGCCCCCAGCGGUUCAACAUCCUCUGCCACCACAUGCGAUUCCUGCAGCCAGAGGUGCAGAAAGUGGUGCGCAGCUCUGCUGUCUACUUCUCCAUCCUGAGGAACCCCGUGCAGCUCAUGGAGUCCUCCUUCACGUACUACAAGGGUGCGUCAGCUUUCUCACACGUGCGCAGCCUGGAGGAGUUCCUGAGCCAGCCCCACCUCUACUACGACCCCUCCAAGGGUGACAGCAACUAUGCCAAGAACCUCAUGACCUUCGACUUUGGCUUCAACCCCAAUGCUGAGGUGUCUGCUGAGCGGGUGCAACUCAUGGUAAAGGCCAUUGAGGCGUCCUUCGACUUCCUUCUCAUCUCCGAGUACUUCGACGAGUCCAUGGUGCUCCUGAAGGAGAUGCUGUGCUGGGACCUGGACAGCGUCGUCUCCUUCCCGCUCAACACCAGGGACAGCAGCACCAAGUCCUUCCUCUCGGACAGCGUUGUGGAGAAGAUAAAGGAGUGGAACAGGCUGGACUGGGAAAUCUACAUCCACUUCAACAGGACUUUCUGGGAAAGGAUCGACCGGGACAUCGGCCGGGAGCGCAUGGAGCAGGAAGUGAGGGCGCUGCGGGAGCGGCAGGCAGAGCUGGCGAGGACCUGCCUGCAGGGCUCGGGCAGCGUGGUACCGAAGGACAUCAAGGACUCCUCCCUGCGGCCACUGCAGCACGGCGGCGCCAGGAUCUUGGGCUAUAACCUCAAGCAGGGCUUGGAUAAGGAGACGGAGCACAUGUGCCGGCGCCUGGUGACCCCGGAGCUGCAGUACAGCAGCGCCCUCUACAAGAAGCAGUUCCCCCCCGUGCCCCCCGAGACACCCCAGCCCACUCCCUCUGGGCAGGGCAGUGCCCCGCAGCACAGGCUGGAGGACACCCAACACUGA